AUGGACACCUCCACCCUCUCCAUUACCGACGCCGUCGACGCGGACCUCUCCCCCGCAUCGCUCACGGCGGUGCAAUACUCUUAUCGGAUCCAGCCCGGGGUGGAGUGGCUCACCCGCCUCAUCUCCCCAUUGACGAGGCAUACGGCCGAUCCUUCUUCGCCGCCUCUAUCGCCAGUGACAAUGGCGUCAGCGCAGGACCAGGUCCCGUACCCCUCACAACCGCAGAUCCCGGCGCCGAGGGAGCCUAGUGAGGGGUCCGGGAACCAGGGGUCGGGAAUGAACAACAUGCUGCUGAUUUUCAUCCCGAUGUUGGCGGUGGUCUUGACGGUACUGUUGGGCUUGCUGGUGUUUCUGGUGGCGAUGCUAUAUAUGAAGCGGAGACGGGGGAUCAGAUUGAUUGAAGAUGGCGGGCCGCUGGAUCUGUCAAAGGGGGACGGCGUAAUAGGAGAAGGAGGGGUGGAAGGCGUCGAGUCUCGCUGGCUAGAGACGGUCGACCCAGACGUCCGGGAGGCGUAUCGGCGGACAAAAGACUGGCAGACCUCUCACCCACCCGGCUCUACCCCUUCCGAAAUCACAUUGUCACAAUUUCUCUCGAUCCAGGAGAAGGGCGUCUCGGCGUGGUCGUUCGAGCCGGACUACGAGGAUAAUCUCUCCCUCUACGUUCAGUCCCGCACGGAGAUCACUUUCCUCGCGGACGGUCCCGGGAUGCCUGCUCGAGAAGGCGGCGGAAACUCCGUCAUGGCCAAUCUUCCUCUGCCAAAGCUCAACGAGGUAUACUAUUGGGAGGUAAAGAUGUAUGACAAGCCAGCCAAUACCGAGGUCGCCGUCGGUCUGGCCACCAAGCCAUACCCCAGCUUCAGGCUGCCGGGCUGGUGUCGCCACUCGGUCGCCUACUUUGCGAGCGACGGUUUCAAAUCGCACGACUACCCAUUCACGGCCUCGAGUCACGGUCCGCAGUUGAACGAGGGGGAUGUCCUGGGCGUAGGAUACAGACCGCGGACAGGGACGGUCUUUUUCACUCGAAACGGGCGGAAGAUGGAGGACGCCUAUUCCGGUUUGCAGCGGUUCAACCUCUUCCCCACCAUCGGCGCCAACGGACCGUGUACGAUCCACGUCAACCUCGGUCAAGCCGGCUUUGUCUUUAUCGAGGCGAACGUCAAGAAGUGGGGGUUGGCGCCAAUGACGGGGACAUUGGCCCCUCCACCGGCGUACGGGAGUGAUGCGGGCAGUAUUCUGCUGGAUGCGGGGUAUGGCUCGCCCGGAGCGGGGCAGUCUGGGUUCAGCGGUGUGGGCGCUUUGCUCGAGGCGGCGAGGAACAGGUCGGCACAGCAGCCACGGACUGGGUCAUUCAACUCGGUCUCGUCCGGCGGAGGCGGGAGUGGCAGCGGACGGCCAAUACCUGCCAACCCAUCAGAUGAUUCUGCCGGGGCGGACUACGUCUCACCUACCGACACACCUCUCGUUGCACCUCGUAUCCCCUCACCUAACGCGCUCGAGCGUCUUCACUCUGAUGAUCUCCCACAAGAGGAAGACAGCGAGAUCCUACAGUCCCCUUAUCAGAGCGACUCGGAGGACGGAGACGGUCCCGUACCCGAAUCCCCAAUGGACCAUAAUCCACCUACACCCAAUCUGCUCGAUAUAUCACUACAUUCACUUCGGACAUCCAUGAGGCACAAUUUCGGCGGAAGGCAGAGGAGCGAGGACGGAAGUGAGGAUGGGAGUGAUAGUGAGGACGAUGAGCGCGGGUCGGGGGAGAGUGAUGAUACGAUUCGGAUCAGUCAGGGAACGAGGGCGGGUCCACAGGGAGAUAGUCCGCCUCCACCGGGAUAUGCGCCGCUGGAUCCGCACAUGUAUGCCACGCUGCUGAUUUUAGGUCUUCCCGCAGACUUGCCGGACGAGCUUGUGAAUCAGGCCAUUGAAGCUAUGUCUGGGAACGCGUAA